AUGGCUCCAGUUAUCGACACUCAACUAAACGAAGGGGUGAUAUAUGAAGCGACAAAGGAUAUUUUCACAGGUCAACACGCUGAAAUGCGAGAUCGUGGGGCCGUCAGAGCGUUGAUUAAUCAUCAGUCACGAACGGGGACCUUGAUGCUGCGAGUAGUGAAUAAACACGGCUUCGACGCUGUAUCUGAAGCAGUAUUGAAGCUUCUUUCGGACAAGGUUUAUGAGUCGAAAGUGAUUGCUUGCCAACGCUUUCCAGAUCUCUUUAAACCUUCGACGCCUCAGAGUGCUCCCAGAACGGAAUUAGGAGGAGCAGUGACCACAACGGAGCAGGCUAUGCUCAACGGCAUUAAAGAACCAGAGCUAGAUGAUACCCAGGAUGCUCGCGAGCCACAAGAGCAGCCCACAGCAAUAAAUGACGCUAUCAAUAGCUCCGCAAGUGACAUUAGUGGCAGUUCAUCGUUAUUCUCAAUUCAUCUGCCGUUUCCUACAGAGCAUGUGCUUAUGGAGAAGCUACAGAAAACCCUAGAACUCGCAUGUUAUCAGUACGGAAUGAGAGAACUCCAAAGUACCAUGCAAAAGCGCGACUGGGAUUGUCCCGAGGCAGCAGAGCUUAAUCAGUGGACAGAGCUUCUGGGGCAAAAGGGAAACCUGAAACAGGAGGGGUUCAGCAAACCACUAAAGGAACUACUGCAAUCAAUUGCACAAAUCAGACAUACAGCUGUUCAUCGUGUCCGUACUGAUUCCUCGGGACUACAACGCUUUCUUGCAGAUGCAGAAGAACUUGCUAGAGCUCUAGGAGACGACAUAUGCACAGAAACUAUCUCGAAACUCCGCUUGGAUACUCAGUCAACAAUUACAGAGCUCAGGGAAAACAAACAAUGUCUAAAGAUGCAGCUGGACGAGGCCCAAGAAGAGAUAUCAAAGCGGCGUACCGAACUUGAUCAGCAAGAGCAGGAAAAUUUGCGCCACAUGGAAAGCGAGGAUAAAAGGUACUGUGCUCUGGCGGGCGAAAUGCUACAAAAAGCUCUUAAUCUCAUCGGAAGCCUUGCGAUAGCACCGGAGACCGGGCAUGCGGUCUUGAAUGGCGACAGAGACGUUGUUUCUAAUGAUGGUCACUUGGGUCACGAAGAGCAUUUCGAAGACUGCGUUGAGUCGCUACAUUGA